GGAGCGCCUCGUCCCCCAACCAUUCCCGCUACCCCCUCAUUUUCCAUCGCCUCCCUCGGCCUGAUAUAUAAAGUGGUUUGCUGCUGCUAGUAUCAAAGAACGGCUUGCCUUGAUAAACUCUGCAUCAUCUUGCGCUUCGCCAUGCGGUUGCUGUCUACAAGCUCCUGAACCAAACAAGACAACAUACCACGUAGAGCACCAGCAACAUCACACAGCUCACUAGCACCACCAUGACAACAAAGGCCGCGCAUUACAUUGAGCAGCUCGAUGCUGCUCGGUGCGACGGCAACUGGGCUGCCGUACCCGAGCUUGUUAGAAAAGUCCGGAAGCACGCCCCCCAGCGAGAAUGCCUUGCCCUGACCGCCGAAACCGAAUGCGCAAUUUCCAACCUGACCUCAUCAGGUCGCCAGUCCAUCUCCGCCACAGCAAAGGACCUCGAUGUCAUAAACGUCGUCCCCAAGCUGCUGUCUUCAAUUGACGACGACCGUACAAACAAAGAAGACGUAUACCAGGCGCAAACCUGUGUCGGCUGGUUACAUUGGGUUGUUGCUGAAUACAAACAAGCCGUCAGUCGCCUUCCCAAGGGGCUUGGCGAGAAGAAUGCUGCCACAGGAGAGAUUAACUCUGUGUCUGAAUGGACCAGCGUUUGUGUACUUAAAGCCGCAUAUCUCAGGGCAAACUGCCUUGCUAGGGAAGGUAAACGGGUUGAAGCUCUUGCCAGCUACAACGCCGCUAUACCUUCGUUGGACAGACUUUGGAGUGGUCAACCCAUCCACAAGCAACUACGAUAUUGGUCUGAGUUAUUCCUGACAGAGUAUUGCACGCUAUCUAGCGAAGGCUCCCGUCAAAAUGAGCUGCCACCUGGAGACCGAGAAUCGAUUGCCUGCUAUCGCUGCUGGGCUAGGUACUGGGAAGCAAUGGGCCAGUCGGUAGCAGGUGGUGUUGGAUUUAAAGGCUCAUCCAACUCUGUGCCUCGCCGCGCAAUCUGGAGGGAAUACUACUCCUCACUGUCACAAGUUGUACAAAAUGAUCUUCAGUUUGCCCCAGGAAACCUGGGAAAGGCUUCCAGCGAUACCCCUGCCAGAACCCAGCUUGCCACUGAGCUGAAGCGGGUAGAGUCUGCAUACGAAAGGCUUCUACUUGACGAAACCGAGUUCCCCCGAGCCGAUGAACACCGAGAAGAAGUCGAAGCAUUUGUAACGCAGGUUAUGAAGAAUUGGGAAAUCCUCUGCGGCCGGGGCUGGUCUGAGAAAGAUAUUGGUAUAGGUGGUCGCGCUGCGCUUAGCAGGGGUGUUUUGAGCACAUUAUACAAUGCUGCAACAAAAACAUAUCACUCUACUGCUAUCCUGCGAUCUCUGUUCAAUGUCCACGUCUCCCUUGCUGAGUUUGACCUUGCCUUCAAGGCCUUCGAUUCCUACUUGGAUAUUGUCAAGAAGGUCAAAGCUCGUGUUGAGAAGACGGGUAUACUGGAGCCAAGUUUAGAUGAAAAUGGCGUUAUCUUGGAAACGCUAUCCAACGCCAUCAUGGCUCUAUGUCUAUAUGGCCGCCAACCAGCUGUUGAAAAAGCUCGUCACCUAGGCGCUGAGCUGGAAGAUUGGCUAUCCAAACUGCCGCAAAGCAAAACAAUCGAGAAUGGAACUUCAGCGCCCGAUUCUGAUGCCGUCAACCAGACUUCGAAGAGCGUCGCACCCCAGACACUAUCCUUGGCAUGGCAAGCUAUUGGCUUGUCGCACGCGUAUUGGUCUAGAGUGACACCAGAUGCCUCGUCUAGAACUGAGAUUCAGGCCAAAGCUGUUCGAUCUCUACGCCGAUCCCUAGCCUCUGAAUUUGGACGCCCCAAGGACGUGAGAAGCAUCUUUGCCGUAGCUCUGCUCUUGGCUGAACGCAAAGAACUCUCUCCCGCUAUCGACCUGGUCCGUUCUGCAUUAAUGGUGCCAAAGGAUCAGCAGGGUGAGAGACGCCAUGUAUAUGGGCCAUAUUGGCAAGAGAGAUCUCUCAUUCCUGUGUGGCACCUCCUGGCGCUGCUUUUGAGCGCUCGACAAGACUAUGCCAUGGCAGUUAGAGCUUGCGAUGGCGCAUUGGAACAGUUCAGAGACCCGACAGUUCUAUUUGGCAAGCAAGAAGAAAGCUUCAGAAGUGACGCAUCUGGUGAAUCAGCCGUAAAGGAGGCUCACGAAACAGGCUUGGUUGAUGAACUGGAUGAUUCGGAAAAGGAGAGCAUCCUCGAAGUAAAAAUGACGCAACUCACCUUGAUAGAGCUACAAGAAGGCCCCAAUGCGGCAGUAAAUGCCAGCUACGAACUCUUAGCCCUCUUUACACGCUUGUUUGGAGUUGUUGCGAUGCCAUCAGCUUCGAAGGCUGGGUCUUCACUAGAACCCCCAAAGACUGCAGCCACUGCUCGAGGCUUCCGUGGAAGCAUUUUUGGUGGAAAAUCUGACCGUUCCCAGCCUCCCACCAGACAAUCCAGUGUCGCGACCGUUAGCGAACAGAAGUCGACAUUGCCGUCGAGACCAGCAACAACAGCUACUAGCAGCCCUGUAAUUCAAGUAACCGAAGACGCUCGCCGACCAAUGACACGCCAAGAUAGCUCGACCCGAAGCGAAUCUGGGCGUAGGAACAGUUUGAAGAAGAGAAAUAGAAGCGCCAGCAGAGAUAGAGCUGGUAGUGCCGGCAGUGCUUCUCAAAAAGCUGCCACUGACGGAGAUUCAUUCUUCACACCCACGCCAGACGGCAGCCAAGGCGAGCUUAGCCCUACAAAGGGCCCAGCUGGUCGCGGAGCUGGAUUUGCCCGAGAGAAGACCGUGUCGUCCCUCAAGUCUAUUCUAUCAUCCAAUUCCAAGUCGACACAACAGUCCGAACUUGUAGUAGAGAGCGCAUAUGCCACGCCGCAUCUGGUGCCACUGGUGCAGUUCCCCAAAGACACAGAAAAGAUGAGGCACGUCACUAUCUUGAUCAAGGUCUGGACCAUGAUUGCCGGCUUCUACCGCCGUGCUGAGAUGUUGGACGAGUGCAAGGCAGCUGUCUCUGAAGCCCAGAAGCUUGUUCAGGGCCUCGAAACAGACGCCUCUAAAGACUCUAGCGCCCCUAGUCCACUAAAUGGCGUGGCGUGGGGAGAAACCAAGACGGUUGAUGAAUUGUGGGGAGACGUGUAUUCUGAACUCGGUUACUUGUCACUCGCUAGAAACCAACCUUACGAAGCCCGUGCCGACUUUGAGUCUGCCCUCACUCAAUACCCUAACCAUACACUAGCGACAGUGGGUCUUUCCAACAUUUUGCUCGAUGUUUAUAAUGAGACACUCUUGCCUCCUGCGACCUUGACCGCAUCACCAGCAUCUGGCAUUGAUGCUGAGGGUUCACCCCUGCAAGCACAACCUCUUGGUUGGGGUCCCUCAGCUGCGGAGACUAAGCGAGCUCUGAAGGCUUCAACUGAGGGUGCUGCUGUUGCUAGCCAAGGCGACGAUGAUUUGCCUGAAGCUUAUAAGGCUUCUUCGCUUCCUCUCGUUGAUCGCCUUGCAGCACGCGAUCGCGCGUUCACCCUACUCUCAGGACUCACUCGUCUUGGAAGCGCUUGGGAUUCUGCCGAAGCAUGGUUUGCUCUUGCGCGUGCCCAUGAGGAGAGUGGCCAGCCUGACAAGGCUAAGGAGGUGCUGUGGUGGUGCGUGGAGCUGGAAGAGGCAACUGGAGUGCGUGAAUGGCGAAGCGUAGGAGGAGGAGGCUACAUUGUUUGAUCACUUGACGCUAUUUUGUAAUCUGUGGUGAGCCGUCAUUAAUAUGUGGACGAACGGCUAGUUUAAAUGUUGGCAAAGGAGAAAAGCGUGUGCAUUGUUUUGUAAAUAGCACUUGUUAACACAAUCCGAAUAGAGACUAGCCACUGACGAGCUGUGCCUUCUAAUUACUACACUUGUUUCAUCUAUGAUAUCAAUAAAGCACGGGACGGAAAAGGCUGUCUGAUGUUCUUGUUUGAUUUUUGGUGGUGUAAGUCUAUGAUAUUUGAGUUCGUCCCAAACUCCUAUGUAUGGAUAUUAUAAAGAAAAAAAGAGAAAACAUGUUCAUGUCUGAUAGCUGUGUGCAUCCAAAAAUACAGCAUAUCCUUUAAUCCCGACUAGCCGGCUCCCUAUAUAUCCUCCCUUCCAUCGCUAUUUUGUUUACUGUCGGCUUUUCAAUAGAUUUUGCAAAUAUGCCACAAAAGAUUUCUUGUCCACCGACGUCGUCAUGAGUUGAAGGAAUUCGUUGCCGUCAAUUCCAAGACUGGGAAAGAGCUGGUUCUGAAGUGUCUGAACGAACAAGUUGCCGGUUUUGGUAUAAAUCAACUGUUCCAGUGCCGCAAUCUCCGUGAGAACCUGCUUCGACUGAGCAUCCUGCCAAGGCUUGAAGUUCGGGUUUCGCAUCGCCUCCCAGCAGGCACUGUGGAAACGAUCAAUUACAAACUGAUCAAAUCCAGGGAUAGACGGUGUUGGCGAGCCAGACGGCGCAGAAGGGUUGGCCGAAAUGGUAGCUAUAUCAGGUCCUCCCCAAAUCGUGGAGAUACGAAGCAUGAUACUAAAGGCGAGGCGGCUGGGACCAAUGUUGGCUUCAAUGGUCUUGCCAAGCUCGAUAAUGGACGAAAUCAUGGGGUCGAAGAAUCCUUGGUUUUGUUCGCUAAUGAGGACACCCUCCAGACCGUUAUUCAAAAUAAUCUGAAUAAAGGAGAGAUAUUCUCGGCGGAGUUCUGCGAGCUGGAUUUCAUCGUCAGUUCCCGUUACUGGCUCAGAGAGACCGGAAAAGAUUCGCUGCAGAAGUGGGGUUAGGAGCAUGUUCAGGACGUCGUAAAUCUCCGUCUUGAAACCAAAAACAACCUGGUCCAGCAAGCGCAGGAACAUUGCCAUCUCAUCCUUCGUAGAUCGGGGUGAGAGGAAACCCUCAAUCCACUGCGGCAGCUGUGGCAGAACUGCAGCUCCGAGAACACCAACGAGUUUAGAAAAGGCUGAUCUGCAAGCAGUUCUAAUUUCGGCAGAGGAGUUUAGUUUGUUCAACGCAAUGAGAAUGGCCUCCGCGGCGCGAGAAAAUUCGGCUGCAACAAGCUUGUCUGGAGGGUUUUGCUGGGUGCUAGACAGGGAUCCGGGAGUCCAGUCAGAAAAGCCGUGAGCGAGCGUGCCUAGUGCCAUGACAAUGUGGUGAAUCUGAAGAAUAGCCUGUGCAUCGCCAGAUUCGGCUCUGGGGAGAUGGGCCUCCAUAUCCUGAAAAAGAGGCUCCAUGACUGAUCGUGCAUACAGGGCUUGCUUCUCCACGGGAGUGCUCUGCGUGGCAGAAAUGCAGCCAAUGGCCUCAAACAGGUACAGCUGGCUCGUAAAGAGGGCGUUUGCUGAGUGGUCGGAUUCAUCAGAAGACAUGUCGUCGUCUGCAUCUUCGCUGGGAACCUCGGCCUUGAUAGGGAGCAAGUCUCCGAUAGACUGGAUGACAGUUUCGGCAACAUUACCGACUCGGGCGCGAAGCUGCUUGAUGAAUCGAUGGAACAAAUACCAAGACCGGGUCUUGAUGCGGACGUGGUCAUGGUGAACCAAGCGAACGAAGGUCUCCAAGACUUGAGGAAUGAGGUCGGCGUUGGUUUCAAAGACAACAUAGUAUCGGACGCAGAUUUCCAUGUAAUGGAGUAGGAUGGCGGGGUGAGUGAGAUUGGCAAUACCUAGAUCUAAUGUUAGUUGCUAUAGUAGCGAGUAAUCAAUCGUUUAGAUUAUUUUACUUACCAGAUUCUACCAUCUUUUUCAUCAUAACCACGAGACGUUCAGAGGCUUCAUUAGAUGGCUGAUUCUUUGUACCAGGGCCUUGGUUGGGCAAAGCGAGUUCACCGAACAAGUAGAGCUCGUGCAAUGCUAGAUCUAGAUCACGCCAGUCCAUUGAGGCACCACCCUGGUCCAAGUUUUGGAAAGUCGUAGCGACAAGGUUGCUGAGCGUAUCCAUGUAAAGGGUUUGAUCAAUCGCGGCGAUCGUUUUCUGAAGAUUUUGUAGUUUCUUUCGAAGUUCCUGAAACUCAGCCUCAUCGGUUUGUGCGUCUUCAUUACCCCAAGUCGAUGUUUCAUCAUAUCUCAUUUUCUGAAUAAUGGCAUUCAGAAUUGGUGGGAGCAUACCCGCAUAUUCCUGCGAUAGCUGACCUUGACCAAGCUUACGCAAAAAGGUUAAAAGGUCUGUCAAGGCUGGGAUAACUGUCGAGCAGACCUCGUCGAACUCGUCGGAGAAGAAGCGAAGAAGGAAUGGCAGAAAUCCGUGCAAAUGCUGGUUUGCUCGUGAGCGAGUGUCGUCAUUAAUGCUACUGUCGUCCAGAGCCCUAACAAUGUCGGAAACAACUGUGUUGACCAACUUUGCUACCGCCUCCGCUAAAUCUGUGUCGUAUUUUGGUGUGUUUUUGAACUCUUCCAACAUGGGUGUAGCAAUGAGUUGGCUAAUGAUGUCCUGGAGGUUAAUAAAAGAAAUAAGCUCCAUUUUAUCAGCAGAUCGCAUCUUCUUGCCGCUGAUCUCAGUCAGAGUAUCAAUUGCCGUGUAGCGGACCUUGGCUUCACCAUUCCCACCACUUCGGCCAAUGAUGGGCAGGAGCAAGUUGAGCAUAUCCUGGUUGAUAAUCAAAGAAAUGUCCAUCCAGCUAACCCAUUUGCCUAAUACUCUGAGUACCAGUUCAACAACAGCGUCAUUAUCAUUAUAUUUUGAGAGCAGCUGCUUCCAAGAUUCCGCAACCUUGUGCACAUCUUGCCCUCGGAGUCGGUCUUUGAGAUCGGUGUUGCGUUUCGCCUCCGCAGAUUCGCGAGAGAGUAACAUGUCUGCGAUUUCAUCGUGGAUAGAAGAUAGAACACGGAGAUAGAACAGUGUUCCAUUGACAUUGGCAACGUUGCUUGCCAGGCCAGUGAGGGCGAGAAAGUCGUCGAUGAAGGACUGCCAGCCGUCCUGGUACAGGAAGGCGAACAGGUAUGUCAAACACUGCGUCAACUUGUUCUGUAGGUGGAGGGCAUCGGCUGGACGUGACGGUUCUGGACCGUAUGCCUCUUGAACAUACUGCAUCAGCGUGUAUUUGAGGUAGUUGAGGCUUUCGUUGUUGAGAGUUUGGUGGUGGAUUGCAAUGUUGACGUGUUCAAGAGCAACCAGACGACACACCUCGGACGACUGAGGGUUACGAACAAAGAUGUUGAUGCAAGCCUGCCAGCUUGAAGGGUCGGAUCGUACUUGAUUUAUGAAGUCGAAUGCCUGUUGCCGUGUCGACUGGUCUACUGGACCAGUCGACGAGAGGAUCUCGAUGGCAUUUUCAAUCUGGUACAGACAGGUAGGUUAGCAACGUGUAGCAAAUCGAACAUAAAGUUUCCCAAGAAUACAAGACGAGGUCUCCGAGUUAUCGGGGGUUGCAUUGCGUCCUAAAACCUGGGGAAGAGGAGGGGGGCUCAAAACUUUUGUGAUGGCGGGGUAUGCAUCAAAAUCGAGGGUCUUGAGGGGAAGGUCUAACAACGCACCUGAGCCUCCAUGCUUGGGGAGGGUAAUUAAAGAAGAUACGCUUCUAAGGGCUGCUAUGUUUUUUGCAGCGUCACGUUUGUCGCAUCCAGCAUAGUCGGGCACAGCUGGUAAGGCGGUUGAGGAGGAAAAUGCACAAACCCGGCGCUGGCGUCAGAAGUGCAUGGGUUUGGGUCGGGCACGAGUGAGGAGCUUUUGGAGGGGCAGUGCCCGUGGGAUGUUGAUGAACGGCGGCAGCGGGAGACAAAAAGUAAAUGGAAAUAAUGGUUGUGGAAAAUAUGCAGUUAUAAAAAGGCACUCCGAGGAUGCUGUCGGCCUAUUGCAAGACUGCUUUUCUUGCUGAGUCGACUCUGACUGGGCCAAG